AUGGCGAGCGGAAAGGAGGAGCUUGAACGCCCCACGACACUUAAAUCCCCUGUAUGGGAGCAUUUUGGCUUCCCUGUCAACUAUGAUGAUGAAGGAAAGAGGUCAGUGGACAAAACUGCGACUGUGUGUAGGCAUUGUGGCACAAGAAAGCCAUAUGACAGUGGAAACACAUCCAGCAUGUUCACUCAUUUGAAGCGACAUCACCCGGGUGUUUCACUGAUCGGAGAAAAAACGAAAGCUGGCCAACAACCGCUCAUCACCGCAGCAUUUAAGCAGCCUCUCCCUGCGCAAUCCGACCAGGCUAAAGCUAUCACAAACGCUAUCGGCAUGUUUAUAGCUACAGACAUGAGGCCAUAUUCAGUUGUGCAAAACGAGGGCUUUAAAAACAUGCUGAAAGUGCUUGAGCCACGUUACGACAUCCCAUCGCGCACACACUUCAGUGAGAAGGUAGUGCCAGAUCUCUAUGAGUGGGAGAAGAAGAAAGUUGUGGAUGAACUAUCCCGAGCGUCGGCUGUUGCGCUCACGACAGACGGGUGGACGUCCAGGGGAACGGAGAGCUACGCGACGAUAACGGCUCACUUUAUCACCGAAGACUGGGAGAUGAGAAGUCUAGUGCUGCAGACACGCCCCCUCUACGAGAGUCACACAGGCACUCAUCUUGCGCAGGUACUGACACAAGCAGUUGAAGAAUGGAAGUUAAGGAGGCCCAGUACUAAUAUUCCAGUAACAACUGAUAAUGCAAAAAAUCAAAUAAAUGCAGUGAAUAUGGCAGGACUUGGCCCACAGAUAGGGUGCUUUGCACAUGUAGUGAAUUUGGCAUCACAAAACGGAAUCUCAGUCAAUAAAAUGGAACGCCUCCUUGGGAGAAUCAGGAAGGUGGUUUCCUACUUCCACCGAAGCACAACAGCUGCUCAUGUGCUCAAGACAAAGCAAGACAUGUUACAGCUACCCAAUCAUAAGCUCAUACAUGAUGUACCAACAAGGUGGAACUCCACUUAUGAUAUGGUGGAGCGUUAUCUGGAGCAGCAGGCAGCUAUAUACUCUGCAUUGACUGAGAAAACCCUGAGGAAAGAAAACAUCAUCACCCUGUCUGAUGAUGAUGUGAGAGUGGCAGAAGAGGUCCUCCAGGUACUUAAACCCCUCAAAACUGUCACAUCUCUGCUGAGCACUGAAACUUCACCAUCUGUAUCAAUGAUCCUGCCACUGAAAACAAGGAUUCUACAAUCCAUGGCUCCAAGUGUGGAAGACAGUACCAUCACACAAGAUGUCAAGGCUGCCAUUAGAGAGGACCUGAAGCCCAGAUACACUUCAUCCCCUACUCUGCAGGACUACCUUCACAAAGCUACUGCCUUGGAUCCCAGAUUCAAGUCCCUGUCUCACCUGGACCCUGCCCUACGUCAGAAGACAUACAAUGACCUCACCACUGAGAUUGUGAGCCAUCUGGGUACUGAAGACUUUGAUGAGGGUCAAGCUGCAGAGGCAGCAGGAGGAGGCUUGGACACAUCUCCUCCUCAAAAGAAAUCAGCGAUGGCCGAGCUCUUUGGAGAGACCUUUGACAGCAAAGAGAUGUACACCAAGGCUCCUGGCAUUGACCUCAUCAAAGAGGAGGUGUCAUCCUACCAGGCAGCAGGUGGCAUGUCAGUGGAUGAUGGCAAGAUGCUACCUCGCUGUGCCAGGAUCUUCAGUACCAUCAGAGAGAGUGUUCUCAACUGCAGGGGACAUAGUGACAGCUAA